CCACUCAGUAAGAAAUCGUGUAUAAAUACACCUCCCUCCCAUAUUCAUAUUCUUCAAUAUUCCUCCAUCAUUUUCACAACCUCUAUGCGCUUCACUCCUUUAUCAUGACCUGCAAUAUCCCCAAUUCCCUAACCGAUUCCGCUCAAACGCGCUUCAUACUCGCCAUCUCCGCCUCCGAUCCUUGGCCCUUCUCUUUCUGAAUCUCCUCCAAUUUUUAAUUUCUACUUCAAAUUGUACAUAGUAAUUAAGAAGAUGGGAAGCGGCGGCCACCACCUGAUCAAUUUCCAUCUCCACCACGGCGGGCGGCGGGGAAUCCCCAAGGGAUGCGUCGCGAUUACGGUGGGCCAGGGCGCCGAGCUGCAGCGCUUCGUGAUUCCGGUCAUCUACAUCAACCACCCGCUCUUCACGGAGCUGCUCAAGGAGGCGGAGGAGGAGUACGGCUUCGAUCAGAAAGGUCCGAUCAAUAUCCCCUGCCACGUCGAAGAGUUUCGUCAGAUUCAAGGCUUGAUUGAUCAGGAUGCGACGUCGCACCACCAAAUCCAUCAUCACCACCAGUUCCUGUGUUUCAGAGCUUGAUCGGUUAUACUACUUAUGAAUUAAUUGUGAUUCUUCCUUUUAUUGACUUAAUUAGGGUUUCAUUUCAUCCUUAGAUUGGGAUUGAAGGAGUAUGCUUAUUACUGAUUUUAAAUCAAAGCAGGAUUCGUCUUAAUAUCAUCACUUUCAUGUUAAUUUCAUGUUUGCAAAUACUACUGAAAAACUUACUACUA